AUGUGCUCUGCCUCUACAUGUGUAUGGUUGCAUAAAAUAUGUAAGCCCUCCCUCUAAUAUUAGACUAAUAUAACGUGACAGCAUCAAAGUCUUCUUUAGUUUUAAAAGACGUGACCAGCCUAAUGCCCCCCAACCCGACCUACUUCUUUCUUCUUCCCACCCUCCUCUAAAUCCCCCCCAAUACCAUCUCUACAGUCUCACCAUCCAAAGCUGAUUUCUAGCAGAGAACAUGGCUAAUUCAGCGUCUGGGAUGCACGUAAGCGAUGAGUGCAAGCUCAAGUUUUUGGAGUUGAAAGCAAAAAGAACUUAUAGGUUUAUUGUGUUCAAAAUUGAUGAGAAGGCUCAGCAAGUUACGAUAGAUAAGGUUGGGAAUCCAGAAGAAACUUACGACAGUUUCACCGAAUGCAUGCCUGAGAAUGAGUGCCGCUAUGCUGUCUAUGACUUCGAUUUCACCACUCCUGAGAAUUGCCAGAAGAGCAAGAUCUUUUUCAUCGCUUGGUCACCUGAUACAUCAAGAGUGCGGAGUAAGAUGUUGUACGCAAGCUCGAAGGAUAGAUUCAAGAGGGAGCUAGAUGGUAUUCAGGUUGAAUUGCAAGCAACAGACCCUAGCGAGAUGAGCCUCGACAUCAUCAAAGGCCGAGUCAAUCUCUGAAUGCUACUUACCACAUCUUAAUUCGUUUCAGUCAAAUUUUUAUUUUCUGCUUUCGUUUUCCGUUUUACUUCUUACUUCUUAUUUUAUGUGAUUCACCACUUUUUAUUUUUUGGAAUGUAAUAUUCAUGAUAAUAGUGAACUAAACAAAGCUAUCAAAAUUCAAAAAGGAGGACAUACAUACA